AUGUCUUCGAAGUAUGCCUACGAACAACUCUCUAAAGCAGGAGCAAGGGUAGCGGAAAGAGCUACAAAGGUACCUAGGCAUUUACAACCACGUCUUCAAAAGAUAAUGGAGAGAGGAACUCCUCAAUUCAGACGUGGUAAUCUCCCACACGUUCGUGAUGAGGAACGAUUUGAUUCUGAGAAACAAUGGAGGUUCCUUGUUGGAGAUCGAGUCGUUAUCACAAAGGGAAAAUUGAAAGGUACAGUUACUACCAUAAGGAUGCAUGAUAGGAGUACCAAUGGAUAUAUAUUGGGACCUGGUGGUCCUACGAGGAAAGUCCCUGUUCCUAAGACACUUUGGUCAGAGGGACAAACUACGCAUAUUGUGGAGAUGCCUCAAAUUAUGAAACGUAAAGAUUUAAAAUUGGUGGCAGAUAUUGAAGAUCCCAAGACUGGUAAUUUGAAAACCGUUGCUGUAAGAGAUUUAGUAUUUAGAGGUGGGUAUUACGAUGAAAACUAUAAAAAGGUUAUGCCCUACAGGUACGUUGCAGGUGAACAAGGUCUUAUUGUGCCCUGGCCUAAACCAGAAGUUGUUCCAGAUGGUGAAUUGGGGACCACUCCUGAGAAUGUUAGGGAACAAACAUUCUGGGCAGAUUCUUAUGUUAGGAAUCCAAUACCUAAUGCAGCUUUGUUGACUAUAAGAAAUCCAAAUUCUAAAUUUAGGAAAGGUACAUUGAAGUUAAAGGAUUUGGCGAGAUUGGUUGCUCCUGAAAUGCCAUUGACACCAGAAAGGAAAGAAUAUUUACGUAAAGAAAAGGAAUUGAAGGCGAAGAAUAAGAACAUAUUGGAAAGGCCUGCAUUAAGCUUGGAAGAUAUGCAAAUGAUCGAUAAUAGAAUAAAAGAUCAUUUAGAGAAACAAUCACGCACAGUGUAA